ACUACCUUGGGCUUCACAUUGAGCGAGAUGUGGAGAAGCGGUGGAUGCGAGUGCAUCAAAAGAAGUACUUGGAGGCCUUGGCUGCAAACUUUGGGAAGAGUGAAGGUCAUGUGGCUACUCCUCUACCCUCAGGGUUCAAGUGUGUGAAAGGACCAGCGGAGGAAAGUGUUGGUGAAGUGGCAUUGGGUGAGGAGCAUGGUAACCGCGGGUGAAGUGGAGUUGCACUAUGUGAAGACGACGGCGCAGCCUGCUGAUAUGAUGACCAAGAGGCUGGUUGAGCAGCAGCAUUGGAACGGCGGUGGCUGUGGUUUUGGAGCGGCAAAUGGCGGCCCUUCGAAUUGACGAAGGCGAACCGGUGGAGGACGGAGUGCAGAAAUUCUUCGACUUGUUGACACGGCUUGAAGGAGCUGACCUGAACUACAGCCAAGAGGGCAGAGGAGCAAGGGGAGGAAGAGGCAGAGGUCGUGGAGGCCGUGGUGGUCGUGGAAGCGAAGCGGCAUGCAUGAAAGGUGGAGACUACGAGACGGGCCCGAGUGAAGAUCGAUACCCGGGCCAAUUCUUCUUUGUCUCCACGCAAGCGGCAGCUGCAGCAGGAGGUGUGGAAGGCUUUGAGGAGCCAGCUACUGUGGGAAAGGCAUGUGAAUCCAAGGAGAGUGGUGCAGCAGCCAAAGGUGGUGGAAAUGAGGAGGAGAAUCAUAAGAUCAGCAAAGCAGCAGCGGCGAAGGAGAAAGGAGAGAGCUUGUGGGGCACAAUUGCGAGUGCUGCUUUCUCCAACCCGACCUCCGCUACGGGAGAGUGUGAUUGGCUGACCUUGCAUCGGCGAAUGGGGCAUGUGGCAUUGCCCAUUUUGCAGCAGAUAGUCAAGCAAGACAUGCUUGGAGCUGCUGGAGCUGAGUACUUCCUCACCAUUGUGGACGUCUACACUCGCAUGACUUGGGUAUAUGUGCUGCCCAAGAAGAGUGACGUGGCUGAAACGGUGAAGACCGAUUGGUUGCCGAUGGUGGAGCGGCAACAAGACCGACUUGUGAAGGCGAUUCGCACUGACCGUGGGGGAGACAGCACUAUCACAAGGCAAUCUCCUCAAAUGAAUGGGGGAGAAGAGGAGGAGGAGGUGCAGCAAGGUGAUGAGCGUACACCGUCACUUCCGCCUCGUGCUACAAGUGCUCGCGGGAACCGAGCAGAUUUGCAGCAACGCCAUGAGAGCAUCCAAGUCCCUGCAGUAGAGGAGGAAGGAAGGGGGAGAAGGAGGACUCAGCCCCCCAAUAGACUUGUAGCCAAGGGGUACCAGCAGCAGGAGAAGAAGGACUACAAUGAAGUAUAUGCUCCUGUGGUGAAGGGUACAACCCUUCGAACCCUCUUCGCCGCGGCGGCCAUCAAAGGAUGGGUGGUGAAGCAAAUGGAUAUCGUAACGGCCUUCCUCAACGGAGUUUUGGAGGAAGAGACCUACAUGGAGCAGCCAGAGGGGUACAAUGAUGGGAGUGGCAGAGUGUGGAAGCUGAAGAAAGCACUCUAUGGCCUCAAGCAAGCCCCUAGGCAAUGGUACAUCAAGCUGCGGGAAGUCUUGGAGGCGAUCGGGUUCAAGUGUGUGAAAGGACGAGCGGAGGAAAGUGUUGGUGAAGAGGAGAGGCGCCGUUUUCAUUCCUUGGUGGGCAGCCUCAUGUAUGCGGCCGUUCACACAAGGCCGGAUGCAGCCUUUGCUACCGGACAGCUAGCUAGGGUUGUCCAAUGCCCUAAUGAAGAGCAGGUAGCAGCUGGAGAGAGGGUGGCCAAGUACCUUGGCCAAACAGCAACUGUUGGACUGCAAUACUCCGCGGCGGCACAAAGGCGUCAAAAGGGUGCAGAUGGAGUCGAACCCGGGAGGCUCUUUCUCACCGCCUUCUCUGAUGCAUCUUGGGCAUCAGAACCAGAGGACAUGACAAGUGUGGGAGGCUUCAUCUGCUGUGUUGGUGGAGGACCAACAGCUUGGGAGAGCAAGAAACAAUGAGUUUUUACAACUCGCAUGUCAAGUCGUCGUUUGCGUGUCGCAUGUGUUUUUCUAUUUUGUCAAGUGUGAAGUGUCCAUCGUGUCGCAGGUGUGUGCAGCAAGCCCCCAUCAACUCAAGAAGAAUUUAUCUUGAAGAACCAAGACCAAGAGCUCAAGAUUUCAAGCCCAAGGGACGCGGAUAAAUAUUAAAUAGUGAAAAUAGUA